AUAGAGGACUGAUUAAUUAAUUAAUCAGCUGAUUAAAAUCUAAAUGUUUGCUGAUUAUUUUUUUUUCUAAGUAGUUUCAUGACCGUUACAGCAAGUGGGAGGGGGACAAAACAAUGGUUGUAAAAAAGGCAAAUCCGACCGUUACAAAACUCUAACAUUUAAGUGUCUGUGAGAAACAAUCGUAGUUCAAAGCCAAAAUAGAAAACUUUUGAUUGAUUAAUCUCAGAAAAUAGCAAUGGGAGGUGAGCAAUUCGAGCUAGAGGAAGAGAAAGGCGGAUCACUGGAGAUGUUGCAGAGCUUGAGAUCCAAAGCUACGGAGCUUCUUCUUCGUGAAGAAUGGGGAGAAUCCAUAAAGAUCUACACUCAGUUCAUCGAUCUUUCCCGGAUCCAAAUCUCAGACACUAGUGAAUCCGACCCGGAUCCGGAUUCGGUUGCGAAGCUCCGGAGAUCUCUCUGCUUGGCUUUAUGCAACCGAGCUGAGGCGCGAGCAAGGCUACGCGAUUUCCUGGAAGCGUUGAGGGAUUGUGAUCAAGCGCUUGAGAUCGAAAAGACCCAUUUCAAGACUCUUCUUUGUAAAGGUAAAGUCUUGCUCGGUUUGAGCAAAUACUCAUCGGCUUUGGAAUGUUUUAAGACAGCUCUGCUCGACCCACAAGCGAGUGGUAACUUGGAGACUGUUACUGUGUACAUGGAGAAAUGUAAGAAGCUCGAGUUUCAGGCAAAGACUGGAUCUUUUGAUUUAUCUGAUUGGGUCUUAAGUGGGUUUCGUGGGAGAUGUCCUGAGCUUGCUGAGUUUAUUGGGCCGAUUGAGAUUAAGAAAUCUGAGCUUAGUGGGCGUGGAUUGUUUGCUACUAAGCACAUUGUUGCAGGGACUUUGAUCUUAGUUACAAAGGCGGUUGUGGUUCAGAGAGGGAUCUUAGGAAAUGGAGAGUCUGUUGAGAAAGCGCAAUUGGUUAUGUGGAAGAACUUCGUUGAUGAGGUUACUGAGUCCGUGAGGAAAUGCGAGAGGACACGUCGAGUUGUCUCUGCUUUGUCCACUGGAGAAGACGAAGACAAGAUGGAGAUUCCUGAGAUAUCUCUGUUUAGGCCUGAUGAAGCAUUUGAAACCUGUGGUGACUCGAAACAGAGUUUGGAUUCGGAGAAGCUAUUGAGUAUUCUUGAUGUGAAUUCUAUGGUGGAAGAUGCGGUUUCAGCUAAAGUUAUGGGGAAGAACAAAGAGUAUUACGGUGUAGGGCUAUGGACUUUAGCUUCGUUUAUUAACCACUCGUGUCUUCCAAACGCAAGACGUCUUCACGUUGGAGACUAUGCGAUUGUUCAUGCCUCGAGAGAUAUUAAAGCUGGGGAAGAGAUCAGUUUUGCUUACUUUGACGUGCUUUCAUCAUUCGAAAAACGGAAAGAGAUGGCUGAGUCAUGGGGAUUUAGUUGCGGAUGCAGCAGAUGCAAGAUUGAGAGUCUGUUGUAUGUUACUAACCAAGAGAUAAGAGAGAUCGAAAUGGGGUUAGAGAGAGGCGUAGAUGCAGGGAACGCGGUUUAUAUGAUGGAGGAAGGGAUGAAGAGAUGGAAGGUGAAAGGGAAGGAUAAAGGUUUGUUGAGAGCAUCUUAUUGGGGAGUUUAUGAUGAGGUUUAUAACUCGGAGAGACUUAUGAAGAGGUGGGGAAGGAAGAUUCCAACAAUGGAAGUUGUGGUGGACAGUGUCUCUGAUUUCAUUGGAAGUGAUGAGAGAUUGAUGAAGUUGGCGGUGGAAGGUAUGAUGAAGAAGAAGAAUGGAGGUAGCAGUAACAUUGUGGAGAUGGAGAAAAUCUUGAAGCUAGGGAAGGGUGUUUAUAGCAAAGUUGUAUCGAAAAAGAAAGCAUUGAAGACUCUUAUUGGCCUAGAUUGACGAGUAUUUUCAAAUUGUAGGAUCAU